AUGCCUCGAGAGGCUGUAGCUAGUCCUGUGGCUGUGGCGUCGGGCAGGUUGCCCAAGGCGUUCACUAGUCUCUAUCGGCUCUUCUUGCGAACGUUGGCUGCAUCAGUGCUAAACAAACGGUCUGCUGCACAGCGGCUGCGAGAGCUAUGGAGACCAACAUUUUCCGGUGCCGCGCAGGUUCUCCACAGAUUGGAAGACCGGGGGCUUGAUGCUCACGAACGCAAACAUCUCCGGCACUGGUACAGCGCGUGGGAGCAAAGAACCGACAACACUCUAUCUCUCCUGCUCGUCUCUGCCCAAUCGCGUGGUCUGCCGCACCGCCUCACUCGUAAUCUGAAUUUUCUGCAGAAGGAGCAUCCCCGCUUCCGGGACAUCAAAGCCGGUAGUAUUCUCGAGAGACAGUGGUGGAAUCCUCAGUUGCCCCAGGAUUCAGAGCGUUAUAAACCUCGGAUUAUCAAACUAGGCUCUCGAGCAGACAGGAGGGAGGACAGGAAAGACAAAUGGCGCAAGCUGGACGAAGACUCGUGGGGUGCGCUGGGAGAGGCGGUCCUAAUGGCCGAGGGCAGGAGUGCGAUUUCCUUGGGUAGAAUAUUACGUUCUCCUUGA